AUGAUGCUUUUUGCUAUGGAAAGGAAGAUUGAGCUAAGUGUGGCUCUGUACAGGCAUCUCCUUGGCCUUCAGGAGAGCGAAGGCAGCCUGGAUCAGCCUGCAGCUGGAAAGGAUCUGAACCUUCUGUGCUGUGACAUUGAUCCGGUGUUGAUUGAGAGGGCUCAGCAGUGCAGCCCCUUUCCUGCCUCCAUGUCCUUUGCCAACCUGGACAUCAUGGACUCCAGUGCCAGGGAGCCAUUGCUGAGGUCCUACCUGGGCCGUUUUGGCCGCUCUACCUUUGACAUUGGAUUUUGCAUGUCCGUGACCAUGUGGAUCCACCUGAAUCACGGGGACAGUGGCCUGAUGGAGUUCCUGUCCUUCCUCUCGUCGCUGUGCGAGUACCUGCUGAUCGAACCGCAGCCGUGGAAGUGCUACAGGGCAGCCGCGCGCCGCCUGCGGAAGCUGGGCAGGAAUGACUUCGAUCACUUCCGAUCUCUUGCGAUCAAUGGGGAUAUGGCGGAGAGGAUAACCCAGAUCUUAACGAAGGACUGCGCCAUGGAGCUGGUGUGCUGCUUCGGGAGCACCAGCUGGGACAGAAGUCUCUUGCUUUUUAAAUCAAAUGGCUCAAAUCACGAGGGCAGGGAGUCUUCAGAACAAGAGCAGUGA